ACGAGCGUUGUUGGACUGUGUGUAGGUCAUGUGACCUGACGCGUUUCUCCCAGGGUCGUCAAUUCAUGCAUUCUCAACGAUGCUGUUUGCAAUGAAUUCGUCUCUUACCCAAAUCAUCUCCAUCUCCUUAUGCAAUGCCUGCGCGACCGAAGUCCAGGAUCACAACAGCCUGCAACUCAUGUAGACUACGAAAACAAAAGUGCAGUGGAAACCGACCAACAUGUAUGCAAUGCCUACAGCAUCGGCGAAACUGCGAUUGGCCCGAGCAGUUGAAACGGGGCCCCGCAAAAGGCUACAUCGAAGCCCUCGAGCAGCGGCUCCACGAAACAGAGGGCCUGCUCCUGGGGCUCUUGGAGCAAGUAUCUGAUUCCCAGCUGUCAUCUGGUAUCCCGCACCCCACAGCGCAAUCCCGACCGGGGAAACGGGGCAGCGAAUACUGGAAGCGGUUUCCACUGCGGUCUGUGGAGGGGAUCCGGUCGUGGCAGGAGGAUGCCCUGCGAUCUGCAACGGAGCGUUCUGAAGCUUCUACUGCCACGCCUAAUCUUGAUCUAGCCGGACCUUCAUCGGAUGCUGUAGAGGCAUCUCCUGCGACUCUUACUCCCCAGGAAGAACCAUCCCGAAUACAGCAGAAAAGCCCAAAACCACAGGCGACUUUGAGUUUGUGGAGUGGAGCUCCCUCGACCGAUUUCCAGCAGCGCUUUCUGUGGUAGCGACGGUACGUCGCCUCACUCGUUCGAUCGCAU